AUGUUGUUCUCUGUAGUAUUUGUUUGUAAGGUUUCUCAAAUAGAUGCCUUAGCUCCAAAGAAGCAAUUGAACCCAUUUACAACAGGUGUCCCACAUAUGAGACACACGGGAAAAAAAAAUUGCUGGGCGUCCUGCCGGUGUGAAGCUGGAUCAGAUCCGUUGCAGGAUAUGUGGGUUAACAUUUUAUUCAAAAGUAAUUUUGUUUCUUUUCUAAGUACUGGGAAGGACCAGCAACAUAAUAAUUACAUUUUCUCAACAGAAGAUGAAGGCAUAGAUGUGGUGACAUUUUUAUACCAGUUAACAUCUGGAAGUGCUGGCCAAAGCUACGGGUUGAAUGUUGCCCGCUUGGCACAGAUACCACAUUCCAUUCUCAGAAGAGCUGCUGAAAAAUCAAAACAUCUGGAGAAUAUUUGUAAAAUGAGAAGAAAAGGGAAAGAAAUCUUCAAGAAGAUUGCAUCAGAUAAUAAUGAAAAAACAAGAGAACUUCUUCAAGAACUCAGAAGUGAAGGCAUUUAGAAAGUACACACACGAGCACACCAACAUAAAUAAAUGAUUAUAAUAAUUCUCAGUUUUUUAAAUAGUGAUAUAUAUACAUUGUCUUCAUCUGAAAUGUAAAAUACAUUUGAAGUAAUAGUUGCAAAAGGGUUAGGUUUUUUCAUUUUUACUAUAAUGACUAAACUUCUCAAGAUUUAAAUUUGUAUGUUGAUACUUAAUGGCUUUUGUUAAUUAACCAAAAAAAAUCAAGGUUGAAUUUAUGUAAUAGUGUGAUUUGUGUUUAUUCAUUUAUUAAUGCUUUCUUAGUUUUUUAUUCAAACUUCACAGUAUAUUCUUGCAAAUGUUCAUCCAAUACCUUGAAUUCAGGACCUUUGAUGUUAUGACCCUUAUCUGUGUAUCAGCCGUACUAAGUCCAGAAAAGUAAAAUUUUGAAACUGAAGAGGAAUUAUAAGUGCUUUUCAGAAUUGCUGUAAUGUGUUUUAAAGGCAAAUGUAGAGUGUUUAUCAGGUAAUUUAUUAUUUAAUAUGGAAUUACCUAUAUUGUUAUUAUAAUUUAAGUAAAACAAUUAUAAGAAUCUCCUUUAAGAUGUAACACAGGCAAUCCAGAAGUGGACUCCUUAGAGUUUAUGUGAAAAUACUUAGUGUAAGCAAUGUGAAAAUGGGAA